AUGGUCAACCGAGGUGCAGUUGUUGCUAUACUUGCACUUACGCUGUGGAUGAAGGUGAAAGGUCACGGUCGACUGCUGGUUCCACCGUCUCGGGCGUCCAUGUGGAGAGAAGGAUUCAACACCCCCAAGAACUACAACGACAACCAACUCUUCUGCGGAGGCUUCUAUAAUCAACAAAGUCAUGGCGGUAAAUGUGGCGUGUGUGGCGACCCCUGGCAGGGACCACGUGACCACGAAGCGGGAGGAAAGUACGCCACAGGAACAAUAGGCGCAACGUAUAGUCAAGGUCAAAAGGUCACCGUUACAGUGGCGAUCACGGCCAAUCACCUUGGCUGGUUUGAGUUCCGCCUUUGUCCUGUAAAUGACAUGAAGGUCAGGGCUACACAGGCAUGUCUAGAUAGCAACCUCCUGGCACUGGCCGAUGGGUCGGGAACAAGAUAUCCAAUUGGUUCAGCAAGUAAACGGUAUCACGUUGAUGUCAUCUUGCCAUCCAAAGUCAGCUGUAGCCAGUGCGUCUUGCAGUGGAAAUACCAUACAGGAAACAGCUGGGGUACUGACCCUGACGGCCGAGGGUGUACUGGGUGUGGGCCGCAGGAGGAGUUCUAUGGUUGCUCAGACAUUGCCAUUCUGUCCCGUACUCAGCCGACCACAACAAUGCCAACACCCUCGAGCUCGCCUUUCACCUUUACUCCCACUUCCACCUCCACAACAACCACAACAACCACAUCAACGCACUCCACGCCAACAACAACAUGUAACCCUCAAGCAACCUCAUGUACUCAGUCCGACAGUUGUGCAGCACGUGCAGUGACAGCAGACGACAUUGUCAGUAGCAUGUGGUGCUCGGGCAACUGUGCGUCUGGCCGCUGCAAGCAGGUGCUUGUGUGUGUCGACCCAUGAACAAUGCAUGAUAUUGCAGAAUUCGGAAUGGCUUCUUAUUUGGGUUCAGAUUACUAAUGGUGAUAAUUACAAUUGGACAAAUAACGUAAUCCAAAAAUGAAAAAUACAACUUUAUGGAUGACAACUUCUUAUUUAUUGCAUAGAGCGACGUUUCGAUGUAGAUUCUUACAUGGUUAUCAAGCUAAAAACUCUG